AUGGACACCGCCAUCAUGCAGCAGGGCCCCUUCGCACCGGCCGUCUGGGAGUCGGACCAACGCUCCCAGCAAUGGGCUGCGUCGCACAGCCACGCAGAUGGUCUGGACGGUCAGUAUGCCUCACUCGUGGCGGUCGAGUUUGAUGCUCACAACGAAGAGGCCAGCGAGCCAAGCAGCGAGAUGGACACCCGCGAUGAAGAGGAGCUCGAACGGCUCGAGUGGGAGAUCCGCGAGAUGGAGACGUCGAUCGAGGGCCUAGACGCGCACUACAAGAUCGUCGACAAGCUGGGCGAAGGCACCUUCUCGUCCGUCUACAAGGCCGUCGACCUCCAGCACGCGUACUACGACAACGACCACUGGGCGCUGCGGCAGGAGACGGCAAUCGGGACGAGGUCCAAGGUAUAUGUCGCUCUCAAGCGCAUCUAUGUCACCUCGAGCCCUUCGAGGAUCGUCAACGAGCUCGAGAUCAUGGAGGAGCUGCGCGACGCAGAACACGUCGCCUACCUCAUCACCGCCUUCCGCGCUCGCGACCAGGUGGUGGCCGUGAUGCCCUACAGCAGACAUACCGACUUUCGCGACUUUUACCGCGUGAUGCCGCUCGUCGACCUCAAGUGCUACUUCCGCUGCCUCAUGUCGGCGCUCCGCUCCGUUCACGAGGCCAACGUCAUGCACCGCGACGUCAAGCCGGCCAACUUCCUCUACGACCCGCGCACCGGCCACGGCACGCUCUGCGACUUUGGUUUGGCAGAGAGGUUCGAGCCCAACGAGUGGAGAGGAAAGUGCCACCACACGUUGCCGACGCUCGAGCACCCGCAUGGCAAGACAGAGAUCAACCGCAACGUUCAGUCGAUCCACUUCAGCCCUGGCGGCAUGCUCGCUGGCGGCUCGGCGUCCUCGAGGUCAAAGGCGGCAAUGGGACCUCCGGAGAGGGUCGGCUACCUGAAGAACGACACCAGACCGGGCGUACGAGCCAAUCGCGCUGGCACCCGAGGCUUCCGAGCGCCGGAGGUGCUGCUCAAGUGCCAGGACCAGACGCCCGCGCUCGAUAUCUGGAGCGCCGGCAUCAUUCUGGUGGCCUUCCUUAGCAAGCGCUUCCCGGUCUUCAAUGCCAACGACGACACCGAGGCGCUGCUGGAGCUGGCGACCAUCUUUGGCAAGAAGCGGAUGGAGCAGUGCGCCUUGCUUCACAACCGCACCUUCCAGUGCAACGUUCCGACAAUCGAGGGCGGCAAGCGGAUCAACGACUUUAUCCUGCAGCUCAACCCUGGAUUCAUGGAUCCAGGAUCGCACCCGGACCCGGACCGAUAUCGUCUCGACGCCACCCGUGCGCUCGACUUCGCCAGGGCCUGUCUCCAUCUCGACUGCACGCGUCGCUGGACGGCAGCGGCGCUCCUCGAGCAUCCCUUUCUGGCCAGCGACGAGGGACAGGAAGAGGCCUUCCACCACCACGAGGCCGAGAUGCAAGACGCCACGACGCCGCGCCACUGA